AUGCAAGCUCAGUACUCCCUGACCUUUGCCCAGCAGUUCACUGCCUUGUUAUCGGAAACUUCACUGUUUCUUCAAUCGUUGAAAUUUCCUCAUUCUGUUUCACCAAAGAAUAAGCCUACAAGCUCAUCGGCCGCCGCUUUAGCUAAUUUGCAGUUUCGUGAUUUACCGGAAUGUGUACGCGUUUCUCGGAAAGUUGAGUCCGCAACUACCGCAACUUUAGCAGACGCAAUUUCCAUUCUGCAAAGAUAUCCUUCAUUGCAAAAUACUAAUGUCGAAACAUUAUUAUCCCAAUUCUCAGGAAAUUUAUCCCGAAUAACAGCCGAAAAUUGGGCUAGCCAACAAUUUAAAACGCAUGACAAUCCUUUCAUAAUAUCACUUUUGAAAUUUAGAAGACAUGGUUAUGUUAAUCCAUAUGCACAACAACGAAGAUACUACGUUACGAAUAGUGCUUUUCGAUUUGUUAAUCAUCGACGGCUUCAACAGCUUGAAGCAGAAGCAAAUUCGUUUCCAAAUGAUCCUUCAAAACAAGCAGAAUUUUAUAAAGAACUUUUGAAAUCUAACAACCCUCAUGUGGUUAUAGCACGAUUUGAACGAGGAAAAUAUGCUCAAAAUGAGGAAUGUUUUCAGGCAUAUAUCGCUGCAUUGGCACGAACAGACCAAGUGGAAAAAAUAUUACCAAAUAUAGUACAAAAAUUGGAGCAAUCAUCAUUAACAGAAUCAAGUGGCGGUGCUUCUAAACCAAUUGCGACCGCUGAGCUAGUUCAAGCUUUACUUGGAAAUUCAAGCAAAAAAGCUACUAUACAGAACAGUUUAUCUAAUUAUCACGCUGCUACUGGUGGUAAAGAAAAUCCGAUUUACGUUGUAAUAGAAGAAGCACGAGGCUAUAUGUUUUGGCGCGCGUUACGUUGGGUUGGAAUUACUUUUACGUAUGCCUUUUGUAUUCUUACAUUCCUUAGUUUAGCAUUAGAGAAUUCCGGCCUCUUAAAGACUGGUGCAUCACAAUCUGAAUAUGAACCUUCAUCACAACAAGUGGUGAAAUUUUCAGAUGUUCAUGGGGUUGAUGAAGCAAAAGAAGAAUUGGAGGAACUGGUGGAAUUUCUAAAAGAUCCCUCUAAAUUUACUGGAUUGGGCGGUCGCUUACCAAAAGGUGUAUUGUUAACUGGACCCCCAGGCACCGGGAAAACAUUACUGGCUCGUGCUGUUGCUGGUGAAGCGGGUGUUCCGUUCUUUUUCAUGUCCGGCUCAGAGUUUGAUGAAAUGUAUGUCGGUGUGGGUGCAAGAAGAGUUCGUGAACUUUUCGCGGCGGCAAGGCGUAAGGCACCAAGCAUUGUCUUUAUAGACGAGUUAGAUGCUAUUGGCUCAAAAAGAAAUCCCAAAGAUCAAACAUACAUGAAACAAACUCUUAAUCAAUUGCUGGUUGAUUUGGAUGGUUUCUCACAAACAGAAGGAGUUAUAUUUAUUGCUGCAACAAAUUUUCCCGAACUUUUAGAUAAAGCACUAGUCCGUCCUGGACGUUUCGACAGACACGUUGCUGUGCCAUUGCCCGAUGUUCGUGGCAGAAUGCAAAUACUUGGACAUCACCUAAAAGACGUCCAACUUGCUAAAGAUGUUGAUAUUAGUGUGAUUGCAAGAGGAUCUCCCGGAUUUUCUGGUGCAGAUUUAGCAAAUUUAGUAAAUCAAGCUGCAAUCCAAGCCUCACGUGAUGGUGCACGAGAGGUGACAAUGAUGCACAUGGAAUUCGCCAAAGAUAAGAUAUUAAUGGGAGCAGAACGUCGUUCCGCUGUCAUAACAGAGGAAAGUAAACGUGUAACAGCAUACCAUGAAGGUGGGCACGCUUUAGUUGCAUUAUAUACUCCUGGUGCAAUGCCAUUACAUAAAGCUACGAUAAUGCCGAGAGGAGCUAGUCUUGGAAUGACUGUUCAAUUGCCAGAAAUGGACAAAGAUUCCUAUACUAAAAAAGAAUAUCUUGCACAAAUUGAUGUAUGUAUGGGUGGACGUGUUGCUGAGGAAAUGAUUUUUGGAAAGGAAAAUGUCACCUCGGGUGCUCAUAAUGACAUUAUAAAAGCGACUGAAGUGGCUAAGCGCAUGGUUGGUCCUGUAUCACAUCUCGAUGAAGAAAUGGAGCAAUUAAGCACUCAGACUAAAUUAAUAAUAGAAGGUGAAAUUAAAGGUCUAAUUGAGAAUGCUCAAGCGCGAGCAACAAACAUUUUGAAAACCCACAAGGACGAAUUGCAUCGUCUUGCUAAAGCUCUGGUGGAUCAUGAAACUUUAAAUCAACAAGAAAUUGAAUUAGCUAUUAAAGGACACAGUAUUAAAUGA